GUGCAGGAGUACUAUUUUAUGAUCUGUAAAAUGAGCAUUAUAAGGAUAGUGUGUACAUAGCCAGUGACAGUUACACCAGCCAUCCUGCUUGCAAGCUCCCCGAGUGCUGCUCUCCAUGGCAGACGGGGACUUUAGGUACAUUGAUGCCAGGUCAAAACAAUUUGCGAACGGCGAUGCCUACACCGGAACGUGGGGGCCGAAUAACUUGCCCGAUGGUGAGGGCAAAUAUACAUGGCAGGAUGGCAGCGUGUACGAGGGAAGCUGGAAGGCAGGUUGCAAGCAUGGCAUCGGCAAGCACACAUGGGUCAGCGGCGCAACGUACAAUGGCGAAUGGCGUGACGGCUGCAUGCACGGAGUGGGUACCUGGGAGUCGGCGGACGGGCAGUGCCGCUACCAGGGCGGGUGGCACCGGGAUGUACGACACGGACUGGGGCGGCAGGUGUACGGCAGCGGGGACGUGUACGAGGGGCUAUGGCGCCUGAACCUGCCUCACGGGCCGGGCCGCUACGUGCAUGCGGACGGCAACGAGUACGACGGCGAGUGGCGGUCCGGUCGCAUGCAUGGGCAGGGGACCUUUGUGUGGAGCCAGGGGGAGCGCUAUGAUGGGGAGUGGAAGGACGGUCGCAUGCAUGGUCCCGGCCUCUUCACCGCUGCAGACGGCUCCACCUACGAGGGACGCUGGCGCCGCGGACGGAAACACGGCCUUGGCGUCUUCCGCCCCUCCGCCGGCCCCGCACGGCUGGCGUCAUCUGACGUCAUCGACGGCGGCGCAUUCGUGACGGCCGCCGCCGCCUCCAUCUGCUCCUCACGACUGGCGGACAGCCACAGUCCCAUCCUUCUAGGAGGCGGAGGCGGAGGCUACAGCAGGCUGUACGGCAACGGCGUUGGUGGUACGGCAGCGUCGCCAUUCGCCUCCGUCAACGGUGCGGCGGCGGCCGCCGCUGCCGUCUGCAGCAGUAGCAGCAGGAGCCUGCUAUCAUCCGCGCCAUCACCCUCCGGGCCCAUGACCUUUCCCUCGCUGCCCCCCUCCGUACCUGAAAGCCCCAGGGAGCUGACGUCAACGGCAGCGGCGGCAGCGGCUGCUGCCGUACCGCCGCCGCCUCCGCCGCUGUUGCUGCCGCAGACCUCGGGUGUCUCCGGCUGCUCCUCGAGACUUACAGACACGCCUAGUCCUAUCGGCGCGGGCGGCGGCGGCGGGGGUACCUUCACCCCCAGCCCGAAUGCCUCCUCCAUCACUCCUAGCAUGGGAGCGGGGGGAGUCGGCGCGGGCGGAGGAGCAGGCGGAGGAGCAGGAGGUCCCAUGAUGGGUUGGGUUUCCUCCCCUGGGCUUCAUCAACCUGGUCUCAGUCAUCCGGGUGUCACCAUGUCGGCACCUCAGCACUCCGAAUACCCCCCCUCGGGGUUCACAUGGCCCGAGGUUCCGUCAUUCACCGCCCCUGCGCGCUCGGGAGGUGCGGGCAACGUCACCAGCGGCGGCGGCGGCACUGGUGGCGGCGGCAGUAGCAGGAUGGUGUAUGUACGGAUGUACGACAAGGGUCGCCUGGUACGGGAGACGGCUCUGCGGGCAGAUGUGCUGGAUUGGCUGCUGCCGGCGGGCCCGGCGGAACGGCGCGGGGGCAGGGACGAGCGCGGGGGGGCUACCGGCGGGCUGCUGCGGCUGCUGCGCGGCGGCGCACUGGGUAUGAGUUCCCGCAGCGGCGGCGUGCAGGGCCCCCGACCCAUGGGUCACACCGUCACUCGGGCACACCAGUCAUACGGCCUCAUGGUGGCGCUGCAGCUGGGGAUCAGGUAUAGUGUGGGCCGCAUCAGUCACGAGCCGCUGCCCCGGGGCGGCACCCUGGAGGAGUACUCGCUGCGGGUUCAGCAGGAGUUCCCCCGCUGCGGCAGUGAGAUGACUCCCGUACACCCGGUGGAGGACUUCACGUGGAGCGACUACGCGCCGCUCACCUUCAGGAGGCUGCGUGAGAGUUUCGGAGUGGACGCCAGCAGCUACAUGCUGUCGCUGUGCUCAGACCAGUGCCUGCGCCACCUGCCCUCGCCCGGCAAGAGCGGCAGCGUGUUCUUCCUGUCGCAGGACGAGCGUUUCUUCAUCAAGACCAUGUCGCGUGCCGAGAUGCGGGUGCUGCUGGCGUUACUGCCCACCUACCACCACCACGUGGCUCGGCACCCGCACACGCUGCUGUGUCGCUUCCUGGGGCUGCAUUGCGUCACCACGCCGGGGGGGAAGAAGUACCGGUUCGUCGUGAUGAUUAAUAUCCUCCGUACUCCGCUGCCGCUACACCGAAAGUACGAUCUAAAGGGAUCCACGCUGGGUCGUACGGCAUUGGGAGGUAGGGGUAGCGGUACGGCAAGCCGCAGCACUACGCCGCCCAGAAAUGGCGACAGUACGGCAAACGGUGGUACGGCAGGCGAUGGUGGUACGACGGCCGUGACGGACGAUCCUUCCAUCAUCCUCAAGGACUUGGAUCUGGAUUUGACGUUCAGGCUGGAGGAGGGCUGGCGGGAUCGGCUGCUGUUCCAGCUUCGUUCCGACUGCGGGUUGUUGGCGGGGGUGGGCGUAAUGGACUACUCGUUGCUGGUGGGGAUACACUUCAGGAGCAGGGG